AUGGAUUCGCUGCCAGCGCGCGCACAGGAAUGCCUGCGCACACCUACUGCCCUGCAGCAGUCGCAUUUGCUAUGGAAUACUGAGCCGGCACUGUACAAGGUCGCGCUUGCGGCGCCGUCAUGCGCCGCUUUUGCCGCGUCGUUCGACGCGGCGCUGCCGCAUCCGUCGGCUACCUUUGCGCCCGAAGCGAUGGAAUGGCGCUUGGACGUGGACGCGUGUGGGAUACACGCGCCGGCAGACAUGCAUGCCGUGCAGGCGCGCUUGGCACAGGCGGAUCCAGCGCCGAACUUUUACCUCACAGACGCGGUGCAGGGCCCCGAUCCGUUUGCCAGGAUGUUGCGGCACACCAAUGCACUGGACGCACAUGCAGUGCUCACUUCCGUGCCGCACACCGUCGCGGCAAGCAUUCCGAAUGCGCUCUGGGAUGCGUUCCGGCGCGUGCGCGAGACGAACCCUGCACCGGGACUCGCGCCGUGCGCGGAUCUCGCGAGAGCCAUUGCGCUCCUGGUGCGCAUUCUGGGCGACGCACUCGCAGGCCAUGCACGCCCUGUGCCUAUCGCAGGCAAGGCAUUUUUGCAGCAGCUGCGCUGGGAGAGCUCCUCGCAAGAUUUGUUCGCGUUUCUUGGCUGGCAACUCGGCACGCUAGACGACGACCGCGAGGCACUGCAUGUCCCGCCGUGGCUCUUGGAGGGGGGCGAGGAGGGACGGCGCAAGCAGACAGUGCGUGUGUGGAUGGAGCUCGCUGUGUGGUGCGUGCACCUCGGCGGCACGCUUCCACACCACGACACACACCUCCUCGUCGAGCGCACGAACCAAGACACGAGCAUCUUUGGCUGGCCGCGCGCAGAGGCCGCACGCGGCGAGGAGGUGCGCCUGUAUGCACGCCUGGGUGUCGCUACGUGCGCUUCAGACGAGGAGGUAUGCGCUGCGUACCGCAUGAACACGGCCGCAUUUCCGCAGCACCACCAAGCGCUGUUCCGCGCGCUCGCGACGAUUGCGACGACGGCGCGUCCACACGCGGAUGACUUGGCUACUUUGGUCGCGAUCGAGCAGCAGCAUGGACUACUGACUGAGCAGGACGUGUGCGCAAGCUACGAACGCCUCGGUCUCGUCAUGCCAGCACCGCCAGCGGCGCCGGCACCGCCGCCGGCGUCGCUGGCGUUCUGGGACGAUCCUACGCCGGUGCACAUGGAUGCAGCGCGUAUUAUCGAGGCGUACGACGCCAAGAUUGCCCACGUACUCGACUGUGGCGCAGACGAGGGUCUGCAGCACGCGCGAAAAGCACUCGGCACGCUUGCGCGGCACACAGCAUCCCCCGCGCUCGAAGCGCGCCACCGUGCAAACCCCAUUGCCGACGUUGCGCUCGCAUACAAGCUCAUCCAAGUCAGCGACAAUAUCGACGAUAGCAUGAUCACCGUUGCUUUCGAAGUGUACAUGGCCGAGUCGCAAACACGCAAAGAAAUGCUGCGCACAGCGCUCGAAUUGAUUGCCGACGCUAGGGAUAGCAGCUACUUGCACCGCUACCUCUUGGGCGAUACGUCUCCAGAAGAGACACAUACGCCGCGCUGCAUGCCGCGCGGACUGAACAACAUCGGGAAUACGUGCUACUUGAACUCUGUGCUCCAGUACUUUUUUCGCAUUUCAAGUCUGCGCACCGUCGUGCAGGACAUGGGACGCGGCACAUUCAGCCAUGCACGCUGGGAGGCGGGGCCGCUGCCGACAAUCGGCGGGCGCCAAGUAUCCCUGGGUGAGCUCGAGCGCUCCUGCCGCUUCGUCCAGCUCUUGGCCGACCUGUUUGCGCAGAUGCACAGCACGGAGGAUGCGGCAGUGACGCCGCAGAAAGAACUCGCAUACCUCGCGCUCGUCCCCCUCGCUUGGGAGGAAGCAUCGGCUGGAAAAGAGCGCGAUGCGCUCCUUUAUCAAGUGGGCACGCAGCAGGACGUGAGCGAGUGUUUGGACAAUAUGGUCUUUCAAAUCGAAGCCGCGCUCCUCUGCGCAAAAGACGCGGAAUGGGCAGACAGGCACAGCGCGGCCAUGUCGCGCUUGUUUGUCGGGCGCUCCACGCAACGUCUCGUGUCGCUCGAGGAUACAGAGAGCAGCCAUGUGAAGGAGGAGGCUUUCAAGAGCGUGCCCGUCACGCUCUGGAAAGAGUCACGAGAUAUGUACGAUGCACUGGAUACAUUCUUCGACGACGAAAUUGUUUUGGGCGCAGACGGAAAGCAGAUGCAGCGCUCAGUGAGUUUGCUCGACGCACCGCCUUUGCUUCAGGUGCAUGUCCAGCGCGUUCAGUACGAUCGCACAAUGCGGCGCGCGGUAAAAAGCCAGGCAGGACUCGCGCUCGACGAUGCGCUUUUCCUCGAUCGGUACAUGGCAAACGACGACCCGCGACUCGCGCCGCUGCACAAAAAAACGCGCGAGCUCCGCUCGGAAAUUACACGGCUGCUUGCACAGCUGCAGCGCGUGCUUGGCGAGGAUGCAUUGCUUCCCUCCAAGCUCGACACACUCCAGACGGCGCUGGACGCACUCAAAGACACGGCGCCGCCGCCGCUCGCGUCGCUCUUGGACGCGGAACGCAUCGCAGAACUUGGUUCAAGCGCAGAUGAACUACGCAAAGAGGCAGCAUCCAUCCGCACAAAACUCCACGAACAUCGCACCGCACUCCACGUACUGUGGGCCGACGAGCAGCGCGUAGGCUACCGGCUUGCAAGCGUGUUUAUGCACCGCGGCGAAGCCUCCCACGGCCACUUUUUCGUCGACCAGCGCGACUUUGCCACCGAUGCGUGGGUUUUGUUCAACGAUAAUCGUGUGCAUACGAUUCCAUUCGCAGAAGUGCAGCGAGAGUAG